AACACCCCCGAUCAGUUAUCGGGUGUUUACGAAAACUAAUCGGAUCUCGGAUUGGAUUGAACAAUGGUACUCAACCUAGGUAUAGAAAAUUUCCCUAGACUAAUCGGAUUGACGAUUGCUGUCUCAAAUGUAAUCCGAUUGAGGACGAAAGUGUGGAGACUGUAGAGACCAGACGCAGGAGCACGUGUUGAUAAGUCGUAAAUAAGCUUCAAUUCAAGUAGAAAUAAAAACUGGAAAAUGGAUUUGUAUGAAGAAGGAAUUAAUACUGAACAACAUCAAUUUGUAAACUAUAAAUAUCAAUGGAACGUGCAAACAACAAAACUGUUAAUAGAAGAAGUUAGAAGUAACUUUGGGUUACUAAAUAAUAAAAAUUAUAUGCAGAAAAAUAUCUGGAAAAAAAUUGCAAAUAAUUUUAAGGAAAAAGGGCAUAAUAUAACAGAGGAACAAUGUUCUGUUAAAUGGAAAAAUUUAAAACAAAAAUAUAAAAGUGUUCGAGAUCUCAAUAAUCAAACUGGUAGAGCUAAAGAAUCUUGGGAAUAUUAUGAUUUAAUUGAUGAUUUUAUCAAUAACAAACCCGAAAUAACACUUACAUCACUUGUUUCGAGUACACACGGAUUUAGAAUACACCAAUCAACUCUUACAGAAGAAUCUGCAGAAAAUAACUCCUCAGUACUAUCUACAUCUUCUGAUACUAGACGUAAUAUCAGGAAACGCCGAAGAAAUGAUGAACCUAGUUGGGUCAAAGCACUUUGCGAACAAAGAAGGGUCCAUCAUGAAGAAAACAUACAAAUACAAACAAAAUUUUUAAAAUUAUUUGAAAAAUAUGUUGAAAAAGAAAAUAGACAUAAGUAAAAUUAGUUAUACUUAAGUAUUAAAAAUAAUAUUUUGUGAUAGUUAUCAAUCUGUGAUUCACUUCAGUAUUUUUUAGUUUUAUCUGAUAAUAAUUUGAUUUUAUUAUAGCACACGGAAUUCAAAAAGAAUUCAGAUUUAUGUCAUCAAUUCUGAAUUUAUUUUGAGAUGUAAAAAGAAUUCUUUCUCUGAUUUUUCCGAAAAAGAAUUUUUUUACAUCUCCAAAUAAACUUAGAAUUGAUGACAUAAACAUGAAUUUUUGGAAAAUUCUUUUUGAAUUCUCUGUGCCAGAUGUGUCAUAUAAAUAUUUUUUUUUAGUUUUUGUUGAUAAUAAUAUUGAUUUUAUUGCAGCACACAGAUUUCAAAAGUAUUCAGAUUGAUGUCAUUAAUUCUGUAUUUAUGUUGAGAAGUAAAAAAAAUUCUUUUUUUUUUUCAAGAAACGAAUUCUUUUUGCAUCUUAAAAUGAAUUCAGAAUUGAUGACAUAAACCUGAAUUAAAAAAAUUUUUUUUUUAAUUCUUUGUGCUGCCUGAGUUGUCCUAUGAGUAGUUUCUUUUUUCGUUUUUACUGAUCAUCAAAUUGUUAUAUAUAAUAUAAAAGGUGAUUCAGUGGUAAUACUUAGGAAAAGUAAAAAAUAUAAAAUUAAAUGUUUUUGAAAAACUUUAUUAUUGUAAAGUAGUAUAAUUUGUUGCAUAUUACGAUUCAUGUCAUGUUAAAAUCCAAAGAUUAUGUUAAUUUACAUAUAAUUUUUAUUUUUGAUUUGUUACGGAUUACAGAUAUGUAUCUUUGAUUACAAUAAAAAUCAUGUAUGCAUACAA